AUGUGGAAGCAAAUAAAGACUUUUGUUGAACCUCUUGAACGGUUCAUAACAACUUCUGGGGUCAAAAAAACUGCAAAUCUACCUCAUACUAGUUGCACUCCACAACUUUCAAAGUCUAUCAAACAUGUGUCUGAACCUCAAAAACAGUUUACAAGCUCAGCUUUUGUAAACCGCGUAGAGAAAUCAAAACUUUUGCGUUUUCUUCAAGAUACUUUUCCCCUACUUAAAUCGCUUACGCCACUUGAGAUUCCCGCUCCUGUAACUAGUACUCAGAUUUCACUUCAUUUUUAUAAAUCACAAAGGUCAUGUUUCCUUCAUAGCUAUGGGCUUCUGCAACCUGCUGGUGCAAGAAAUGUAUUUAACGGUGGUAUUAGGAAUUUUUCUACUGUACAAACUACCAUGAUAAAUAAUUGCGCUGGUAAUGGUAGUGCCAUCCUUGCACAACUAGGUUUCAAACCUUUCUCUGCGUUUGCUACUAAGACCGGAUCCUUAUUGACUCAGCAGCUUCAAAUGAAUAAUGCUUUGGAGUGUGAUCACGUCAAAAAAAAUAGGCCCAUAGAUCUUAAAAUAAUGGAUCAAAAAAAGUUUUUUACCGAAAGCAAAGGUAUUAUUGAGGCUAUGCAAAAAAAGAAUAUAAUCAAUGAGAAUAUGCAAAAUAUGACUAGAAUAGUUUGUCGCUCCAAUAUUACUAAUUCACCUAAAAAAA